AUGUCCACCAUCUUUGCCAGAACGGCGCGCACACCCCUCGUAGUGGCGGCCAGGGCGACGGUUAAGCCCCGCGCGUUCUCCUCGUCCCUCAGGAGACAAGAGGCAGACAACGCGCCAAAGCCACCGAAACCCAUAGAUGACUCUACCUCUGCUCUCGAGUACAAGCGCACCCUGCGGCAGCGCCCACCACCGCUGCCGUCUAUGGACCUCCCGCGCUCGAGGUCUGCUGAGGAGGCGGUCACGAACAUUCUCUACAACACUCCGCCGCCGAGUCUGCAGCCGUUUAAGAAGCAUGUGCUGAACUGCCUCGUGCAGAACGAGCCCGGUGUUUUAUCCCGCGUAUCCGGUAUCCUGGCCGGUCGCGGCUUCAACAUCGACUCCCUGGUCGUGUGCCGCACGGAGAUCCGCGACCUCUCCCGGAUGUGCAUCGUCCUGCGCGGGCAGGACGGCGUUGUAGAGCAGGCGCGUAGGCAGCUUGAGGACCUCGUCCCCGUGUGGGCCGUGCUCGAUUACACGGACACGCACUGCAUCGAGCGCGAGCUCCUCCUCGCGAAGGUGUCCGUUCUCGGCCCCGAGUACGUCGAGGAGCAGCUGCUUGGUGGCCCAACACAUGAACCGCGCCGCCACCAGCCCGCACAAGAGCCCACGGACCCGAAGCUCGAGCGCGAGGCCGCGCUCGCGCAGCACUUCGAGCACUCCGCGGACCCGGACGCCGCGACGCAUAUCCCCGCGCCGCUCACCCCGAGCCAGACGCUGCGUCUGAAGAGCGACCAUCUGCAGGCGAUCCAGGUGCUGUCCGCCCAGUUUGGCGGACAUAUUGUGGACGUGAGCGAGCACAGCGUGAUCGUGGAGAUGUGCGGGAAGACGAAGCGUGUAGAGGCGUUCCUCGCGCUCCUGAAGCCGUUCGGCUUGCUCGAGUCGGCGCGUACUGGUCUCAUGGUCAUGCCGCGUACGCCGAUCAGGAACUCGGAAGAUGUGGACGAGUCUGAGGACGGCGGAGUGGUUGAUGCCAGCCUGCUCCCCCCUGGUUAA